GAAAACGGUGUUGUGAAAUAAACAAUAACAUUCGGCGCACAUUGUUUCAUUGCUGUUGUCGACGUGAAACAAUUAUCAUGAGUUCAGAAUUUAGACCAGGUGUAGAAGCAGGAGCCGAUGUUAAUGGAGAACUUGCCAGUGAUCUUGAUAAUGUACACAGAUUGUCAGCACUGGAGGACUCCUCUUACUGUGACAGUAAUGUCUCAAGAACCGAGAUAUUAGACUUCAGUGAUCAAGGAUUUUUACUUCAUAAAUUGAUGACAUCCCGUGAGUGUCAACAUGUAAUCGAAAAUGGUGAAAAGAUGGGGUUUGGUGAAAUUAAAGGAGCUAAAAGAGACUACCGCAGCUGUGACAGGUUAGUGAUAGAAAGUGAAGAAUUGGCACUUAUUCUCUGGAGAAGGAUACAGCCCCAUUUAACUGACUUUGAUGUUACAGAAGAUUCAUCUAUGAAAGACCUACACAUUCAUGGUGUACCAUACUUACUCAAGGGCAAAUGGCAACCUGCUGGAUUGAACAAGUUGUUUCGGCUGUGUAGAUAUUACCCAGGGGGCCACUUUGCUCCACACUUUGAUGGAUACUACACCAAGAGCCCGGGGGAGAGGUCUCUGAAGACUUUUAUGAUUUACCUUAAUGGAGACUUUGAUGGAGGAAGCACCAACUUUGUUGAUGAAGCUCAAACACUGCACAAAGAUGAAAAUGGAAAAUACUGUGCAGAAAAAGAAAAUGUUCUUUGUAAGAUUCAGCCAGAGGAAGGAAUGGCCAUUUUGUUUAAUCACCAAAGACUUCAUGAGGGGGGACAACUCUUGUCUGGCAAGAAGUAUAUUUUGAGAACUGAUAUUAUGUACAAAAAGAUGGGGGAGAAACAAUUGGAUCCCAGUCAGGAAAAAGCAAUAGCCCUGUUACAGGAAGCUGAGAGAUUAGAGGCCCAAGGAGAUUGUAUGCAGGCAGCUGACUUGUACAGGAAGGCAUUCAAGUUAUCGCCCGAGCUUGAAAACUGCUACUGAAAUUGUUCAUGUUCCAUGAUAUCAUUUAUUUUUAUACAGUACAACCAUUUAACAAAAUGCCAGGGAUGGGGGAUAUAAAUGUACUUUUCUACACAAUGUCAUAAAUCUUCAGAGUUAUGUGUUCCAUUUAUGGAUUAUUUUUAUAUGUACCUGUUUUUAUUUAAUGUUCUCUGGCUUCACACUCCGCUCAGCUAUUUAAAAUUACCAAAAAAUAAAAUAUACAUUUUUU